UGGAGCACAGCUGGGGCACCUGCGAGAACUUCGCUUCGGGGCGACGGUUGCAGUUUGCUCGCUCUGUCUGCUUCCUUGCUUGCCUGCCUGCCUGCCGGCUCCAUGGUGCGCUCCCGGCUGCCGAUCCCGGCUCCUCUCGGGCUGCUCUGCGCCCUCCUGAUGCUGCUCUCGGGGGUGCCGGCGACGACCAUGCCCGGGGGUCUUUCCCCCCGAUCCGUCUCGGAUUCGGACGUGCAGAAAGCCGCCGCCUUCGCCGUGGAAGAAUACAACGCGGUCAGCGCAAACGGCAACUAUUUCAAGGCGUUGCGCGUUGUGGACGCCCAAUCCCAGGUAGUUGCAGGGGUGAAAUAUUAUCUAACGAUGGAGCUGGUGAAAACCGACUGUGAAAAAACCCUCGGCAACCGGAAGGUGUACAAAGAGAUCCAGAACUGUGACCUGGCUCCAAGGGCUCAGCAGGAGAAACUAAUUUGCCACUUCGAAGUCUGGUCCCGUCCUUGGCUGAACAACAAGAUGGAGUUGACCAAGAUGAGCUGUAACUAAUUUGGACAGCAGGGAUGGACUUACGAGAUGAUCCCCCAGCACGGGCAAAUGAUCCCGAGUGUAUCCAGCGGCCGAUAAACCUCCGGUGUUACUUACAAGCUGAACUUACAGAAAGCCUUGCUUUUCCCCUCCGCAAAUCAUGGUUCACUUAAGCCCUAUUUCACAUUUUCCACGAUGUACGGUAUACACGGGGGUCUUUUCUUCUUCCUCAGUUUCCCCUUCUUUUCUCUUAGCUUUGUUUGCGUUAUAGAGAAGACACGUCUAUAUUUCGGUGAGUUGGUUGUUAAUUGGUCUUAAUAAAGCUAUCGUCAUGAA